CUAUGGUUCAAUCCGUUUUCUACAAGGUGCGUUAGCCUCAAACUUGUCUCUCUGCUUUCCCAACAUCUAGUUUUAAUCUCCGAAACCAAAGAAAGAAACUAAAGCGACAUGGCAGACUCUGUUUUUCCCAGAACACCUCGGAAGGAAGAUGUCAACUAUAACUUACAUUUCCGACUUAUAAACGAGCAACAAGUGGACGAUAUCUGCCUUGAUUUCUUCUAUAAGCCUCACACCAUCACACUUCUGACACUCACUGUGCUAAGUCUCAUGUACUUUGCGUACACAAGGGAUGAUGACAACUCUGACAACAACCUCCGAGUUGGUAUUUUGGUAGUUGUCUUUUUCUUUUUGGUCAUCAGCGUCCUGGCCUUGCCCAAUGGACCUUUCACUAGGCCACAUCCUGCCGUAUGGCGAAUCGUGUUUGGCCUCAGUGUUCUGUACUUCCUGUUUCUUGUCUUCCUCAUCUUCCUCAACUGGGACCAAGUUAAGACACUGAUGUACUGGCUGGACCCAAAUCUGCGCUACGCCACGCGGGAGGCUGACAUCAUGGAAUAUGCUGUGAACUGUACAGUGAUAACAUGGGAGCGGGUCCUGUGCCACUUUGACAUCUUUGCAUUUGCCCACUUUGCUGGCUGGGCAAUGAAGGCUCUGCUCAUCCGCAGCUACGGCCUCUGUUGGACCAUCAGCAUCACCUGGGAGCUCACUGAGCUGUUUUUCAUGCACCUGCUGCCAAACUUCGCCGAGUGCUGGUGGGAUCAGGUGAUACUGGACAUACUGUUGUGUAAUGGAGGAGGAAUCUGGCUGGGAAUGACUGCCUGCCGGUUUUUGGAGAUUAGAACCUACCGUUGGGCCAGCAUCAAGGAAAUCCACAGCACCACAGGGAAGAUAAAGCGAGCCGUGCUCCAGUUCACCCCGGCAAGUUGGACUUACGUGCGCUGGUUUGACCCAAAGUCCUCCUUCCAGAGGCUAACAGGCAUCUACCUCUUUAUGAUCUUAUGGCAGCUGACAGAGUUGAACACAUUCUUCCUCAAGCACAUCUUCGUCUUCCAGGCGUCUCACCCUCUCAGCUGGUGUCGUAUCCUCCUGGUGGGAGUCAUCACUGCCCCCACUGUACGACAAUAUUAUGCAUACCUAACAGACACUCGUUGUAAGCGAGUCGGCACCCAAUGCUGGGUGUUUGGGGCCAUCGCUUUCCUCGAGGCUCUUGCUUGUGUGAAAUUCAGUCAAGACUUGUUUUCCAAGACACAAAUUCUUUAUGUAGUCCUGUGGCUGCUUUGUCUGGCACUCCUCACACUGCUAUGUUUAUAUGGAAUGGUCUGGUAUGAGCUGAAUAAACUCAAGAGCCUUUCUACACAAAGCGAAGACUGCGAUGACAGCAGUGUGAGCGACUCGUGUGGUUUUGUUCCCGGUGGGAUUGCAGUUCCGGGGGAUGCUUCAAGAAGUUCUCAACCGACAAAAAGGAGGAGAGCUUGUGGGAAGAGCAGAUUGGGAAAUGACCAUGGAGGAAAGCAAUGAGACAGUGAAAGAUUCUGCCAAGAAGAAAAAUACAGUGUCCAUCAAAUUUACUGAAUGAUGUUAAAGUUGCAUCCAGGGUAUAAUUAAAUGUUAAAAGCAGACUCAAAAGUUACAUAUAUUCUUUUAACUCGUCAGGUUCUAAUGUUCUAAAUGAGCCAUAUGCUUCAAAUAACCGCUGGCAGGUGUGUUGGUGCUCUGGUGGAUCUCUAAUACGGAUCACAAGGUUAAAACGUGUCAGGUAUUCAAUGUUAGAUUUUUUUGUAACGGGCCGAGCCUAGAAUUUAUUUAUACAUAAACUAGAAUGCUAACCUUAGCAUCGUCCCCAGAAGCAACAUUUUCCCCUUUUGUACCUUUUUUAAAAUGACAAAAUAUUGUGUUGAACACUUUGCACUGUGGGGAAAGUAUGCUUUUUGUUCUUAAUAUUUUUGACUGUUUACACUAAAUAUACCUUUUUAUGAGAAAACUAAAUAUCAAUUUUCAUCCUGUGUGCCUGUUAUGUUUGUCAUUAGAAUUGGUGACGAUUGAAUGUUAUGUCGUUUUUUAAUAAUAAUUACAAAAAGUGACAAGUUUUUGUAACUAUAAUACAUUAAAGCACUGCCUAAUACAGAACUGUAUGUUUUUCUAUCAUUGCAUAUUCACUUCCAAUAAAAUGACCAACCCAGUGUAACUGA